GAAGGCCCAAACUGGCGGCUGACUGACUGUGGGUGAGAGUGAGUUGGAACAUCUGAUGGAUCUGAUCGAUUAUCUAUAGUGGUUGAGUUGGUCGGGAGAAGCAAGCCACCUACGCCACAUGCUGAGCGGCUUGGCAAGAAGCCACCGCGUCCAUGGAUGGAUCCAAGGUUUAUCCUUGAGUCUCGCGCGAACCUCAAUAUGGGACUCGAUACUCGCAACGGGCGCUACACACGAUCCAGCAGACGAAGACGCAGUGAUGUGCUUGUACAUGCGGAUCGCUGGGCUCAACGGAGUCUUACCAUGCAGGAAUCAACUUGUCAUAUGGCCAUGUGCCACCGCCGCCAUCUCGAGCGCGGGUUCAUGCACUGCACGACGUGUGGCGUGCAGUCCGGGCAUGCCCAUGCCUUGUUUUCAGAGCAGUGAGGAACAUCUUUUCCACACUUACCGUUCCCCGUUUGCGUUCGUCACUGUCCUCGUGCCAGUUUUUUCCUUUUGGCUGACGGAUUCACAGUGGCCUGCAGCCUUGUGAUUUAGAGACCUAGCCAACCCCGCGCCAUACCUGCCACCAGGCAUCCUUGGUUAAACUUGGGAGUCCGUGGAACACUAUGCCAUGAUGCCGUUCUGGACCAGAAAGAAUAAGCCGAACCCAGUGGUUGAUCGUCGUGGUGUGGCGCAACAGAUCGAGAGAUCCAGAUCCGGCUUACGGAAGAGAAUCGGGAUUCUGCUGAAGGGCAAGCGACACUCAGACAUGGCAAUUACUUCUCAUAAGAAUGUCUCGGACUCUCACAUUGCUGACACCAAACUGUCGAAGUUACC